AACAUAGACAGAAUCAUCUCUGUCCAAAAGAAGACUCGGACGUUUAUUCGUUCCUUUGUUCACACAAAAGCAGAACCUCUAACGAACGGAGUAGUUUGAACAAAACCCUGAGUUUUUUUUGUUUCUUUUAAGCUUGAAUCCGAGAAAAGGGUAAUUUCGUCUUUUUCUAUAAAUCUUAUUUUUAAUUGAUUUUAUAUUAUAUGGUUAAAUCGUGGGGGAUGAUGUUGUACGGACGAACAAUUCGGGAGUGAGAGGAGGAAGAAAUCGUCGUUAGAUCUGGUUUUGUGGAUGUUGUGGCCAUCCACCACCAACUCCUUUCAUGCAAACAAACAAAAAAAAUUAUUCCAUGUUAAAUAAAUAGUAAAGAUUUGGUUUUGCCUUCUUUAAUUUCGAAUCUCAAGUACUUUUGUGUGUUUCGUUCUUCUCUUUCUCUGGGAUUCAACAAACAUAUCAUGAGGAAGAAGCUCGACACUCGUUUCCCGGCUGCUCGUAUAAAGAAAAUAAUGCAAGCUGAUGAGGAUGUUGGCAAGAUUGCUUUGGCGGUUCCUGUCUUAGUUUCAAAAGCUUUGGAAUUAUUCUUACAAGACCUUUGUGAUCAUACUUAUGAAAUUACUCUUCAACGUGGAGCCAAGACCGUCAGCUCACUUCACCUAAAAAACUGUGUCGAAAGAUACAACGUGUUUGACUUUCUAAGGGAAGUUGUUAGCAAAGUUCCUGACUAUGGCCAUGGGCAUGGUCACAGUCAAGGCCAUGCUGAUGUAGCCAUGGAUGACCGCAGUAUCUCUAAGAGAAGGAAGCCGCCGGGUGAUGAAAUUAAUGAUAGUGACGAGGAGUUAAAGAAAACCAAAGUGCAUGAGAUGGGACAUGCGGGAACCAGUGGAAGGGGUAGAGGCAGAGGGCGUGGAAGGGGACGUGGACGAGGUGCAAAAACAUCGGAACGAGAGCUUUUUCAUCAUCGUGAGAUGGAGAUAGAUCCAACCAUAUUAGUAGCACCACCAUUUACUCAAGACGAAAUGAAGAUGCAUGCACCACCGCAACAACAUGACAGUGAGAAGAAGGAUGUGGAUGAGCGGUCUUACCAGACAAAGCAACAGCUGCAAAGUCCCGAAGAAGGUAACAACGACACAAACUCAGGGUUGGGUCGGGGUUUUGAUCUGAACACACAAUCUCUCGACGUCGAGAUAAAGCUGCCAGUAAUCACAGCCUCCAGGGAAACGAAGAGAGAGGAAUAUCCGUGUUGGUCCAUCCCGAAUAUGGGCAAUAUCGAUCCAGUGCAACUUGCUAAUAUGAGUAAGAGGUUAGACGAAGACGAAGAAGAUUAUGACGAGGAGGAAAGCUGAUACUGAGACCACAGCCUCGUUAGUGUUAUUGACGUUGGUAUUAGUAGGAAACAUGAUCUAGGAUUGAAAUAGAGUAGUAUAUAAUUAACAAGUCUGAUUAUGUAGAAAAAAAUGUAUCUUUUGUCUCUUGCUCUUUUCCUGCAUUUUUUUGUAUGUAGAAAUUAUUGUAAGCUCUCUUUAAGUAAGUCUAAUUAACAGUGUUAUUAUU